CAGCAAUAUUCUUUCUAGACCUCAAGGGCAAGGUGCGUCUUCGUAGGAACUCCUGACACGGCCAUGGCAACAAGUCGAGAUGGGCGCUGAUACAAGGGCUUUUGCGCUCCAACAGACCCUCCUUGCCCGAAACUAUCGCGGUGAUAUUCCCAUGUCCGCCGUCGAAAUGUUCCCUAUUCUCUUGAGCGAGGCCGAAGAAGAAUCAUCCGCCGUACCGCCAUGCUUCUCCCACGAAGGCAUCAACUAUCUCUACAUCCGCCAUAACAACCUCUAUCUCCUCGCCCUGACGAAACGCAACACCAACGCCGCCGAGAUCCUGCUCUUCCUGCACAAGAUCGUCGAGGUCUUCACCGAAUACUUCAAGGCCCUGGAGGAAGAGUCUAUCCGGGACAAUUUCGUCAUCAUCUACGAGCUCCUCGACGAGAUGAUGGACUUUGGCUACCCGCAGACCACCGAGUCCAAGAUCCUCCAGGAGUACAUCACCCAGGAGUCCCACAAGCUCGAGAUCCAAGCCCGCCCCCCCAUCGCCGUCACCAACGCCGUCUCGUGGCGGUCCGAAGGCAUCCGGUACCGGAAGAACGAGGUCUUCCUCGACGUCAUCGAGUCCCUCAACCUCCUGGUGGGCGCCAACGGCAACGUGCUGCGCUCCGAGAUCCUGGGCGCUAUCAAGAUGAAGUGCUACCUGAGCGGCAUGCCCGAGCUGCGCCUCGGCCUCAACGACAAGGUCAUGUUCGAGACCACGGGCCGGUCGACGCGCGGCAAGGCCGUCGAGAUGGAGGACGUGAAAUUCCACCAGUGCGUGCGCCUCUCGCGCUUCGAGAACGACCGCACCAUCUCCUUCAUCCCCCCCGACGGCGAGUUCGAGCUCAUGAGCUACCGCCUCAACACCCAGGUCAAGCCCCUCAUCUGGGUCGAGUGCCUCGUCGAGUCCCACUCCGGCUCCCGCAUCGAGUACAUGCUCAAGGCCAAGGCCCAGUUUAAGCGCCGCAGCACCGCCAACAACGUCGAGAUUAUCGUCCCCGUCCCCGACGACGCCGAUAGCCCGCGCUUCCGCACCAACAUUGGCUCCGUCCACUAUGCCCCCGAGCAGAGCGCCAUCGUGUGGAAGAUCAAGCAGUUUGGCGGCGGCAAGGAGUUCCUCAUGCGCGCCGAGCUUGGUCUCCCCUCCGUUCGUGGCGAUGACGAGCACGGCGGUGGCAUGACGGGUGGUUUUGGCGGCAGCAUGGGCGGUGUCGGUGCUCCUGGCAAGGGGGCCAAGCGGCCCAUCCAGGUCAAGUUUGAGAUUCCUUACUUUACUACGAGCGGCAUUCAGGUGCGGUAUCUCAAGAUUACCGAGCCGAAGCUACAAUACCCCUCGCUACCGUGGGUGAGAUACAUCACCCAGUCAGGAGACAUUGCUGUGAGGUUGCCCGAUGCAGUAUGACCUAGUCGAGAGGGUUGAGUGUUUGCAAAUUUUAUUUUUUUCCCUCUUUCACAGCCCGAGUCGCUGUUGCCAUGGCUACUCAGAAGCCUCGAAGCACGGAAUAAUCCUGGGUGUCGACUGGACCCUGGCCCGCUUCCGUGCCACUCAGCCCUGUCUUGCAGCUCGCCAUGACCUAAAUUUGGAGCGGUGUUACGGUAGAAGGCAAAAGCACCAGGAAGUACGCUAGGGAAAGGAAAUCACGUCUGGGCAAAAGAUAGGCUGUCAGGGAAC